UAGAAAAAUACACUUUAAACUGGAGCAACAAUAAUUGGAUUCGGCUGAUAAGACUGCAAAAUUGUGACAAAUCUUAUCGAUGGCCCGUGUUCAUCAUAAUCGGAAAGAUCCAUUUAUUAGUUUUAAAUCAAAUCGAUUAAAAGUGGGAAUUGUGACCCAAAAUGAAAAUGAUAAUGGCGAUGAUAUCAAGCUAUUCAACCGUCCCGAUCAGAAUCACGAGUCAGUUCAUUCCAGAAAAUUGACACCACGAUCCAAGAGGUUCCUCCAAUUUUGGCCAUAUUUGUCAGGAGCGAAACCAACCAGAAUGAAGCAGGGCGUCGCGUUUCAACCUGAUCCCAUCAUUGACGAGAACAACAAUGAAGUGGAGGAGCAACCCCCCACGGGAGUUGGGAGACCAAUUUCCACCCAAAAUCGAUUCAGCUUCUUCAAGGUCCAGAUUUUAGGACUUGUCGUGUUGACGCUUUUCGCCAGCACUUGCGAGGGUGGAAUUAUGGACGCCAAACUGAAAGAGAUUCGGGCCUUGUCGGACUCUGCCCAAGUUUCGCCAUGGGUGCAGAGGGCGAGGAAGGAAGGAGCGUUGCAGGAGCCUGAAAUCUGUUUGGACGAUGGGUGCUUGGAUGCGGCUUUUGAUUUGCUGCACGCCGUAAACCUGACAAUCGAUCCGUGUGUUGACUUCUUCGAAUUUUCAUGCGGUCGAUGGGUGGCGUCUAACCCGGUCCCUCCCAGUGCAUCUCGGUGGAACAGAUUCUACACACUUCGCGAUGAAGUGAACCGAAUCACGCAAACAAUUUUGAACGCCCCCAUAAAUAUAAAUGAUCCCGUGCCCGUCAAUCAAGUGAAAUAUUUCUACGGCGGGUGUAAAGAUCUUGAGGCACUUGAAUCUGUGGGACUUGCCCCUGUGACAACGCUCCUCACCGAAUUCGGGGGUUGGCCCAUGUUGGAUCCCUCAUCUUGGAAUAACGCCACUUUUGACUGGCUCCGAUCCAUUGGCGAACUGAGAAGACGGCUUUUGGAUGACGCCGUCAUCUCCAUUUACAUUGAGCGAGACUUGAAGAAUACGAGUCGAAACGUGGUCUUUCUUGACCAACCAUCUUUUGGCCUUCCACGCGGUGUGCUAAUCAAUGCCCCCAGUUAUCCCGCAUUGAUCACAGCCUACAAAACAUACAUGGUUGAAGUUGCUCAGGAACUGGGGUCAACUGAGCCGGUGGCCACGCUCGAGGCUGCUUCCCAAGCAAUUAUCGACCUGGAAAUCCUGCUGGCCAACGUGACCGUAUCCGACGAGGAUCGUUACGACACGGAAGCGAUUUAUCACCCGUAUCUCCUCAACGAAUUCCAAGCUUUGACGGACGGAGCGCUUCCAGGAUUCUCGGUGGACUGGCUCAAAUUAUUGAACCAAGUUUUUCUGACGAGCGGGGUCACCAUCACGCCAACGGAGCAACUGAACGUUGCUGGAGAGCCGUAUCUUCUGGCCGCGCUGCCCAUUUUUCGCGACGCCGACUCCAAGGUUCUUGCCGACUAUGUGGGUUGGAGGGUAGCGUCGAGCGUGAUUGGAGAGACGACGCAGGCCAUGAGAAAUAUCACCUUCAAAUUCACCCAAGCUUUGACCGGGGCGCAAGAGCAGCAAUCCAGAGAAGCAGCCUGCGCCGGGGCUUCCAACAAUAACCUGGGGAUGGCCAUCGGAGUGAAGUACAUCGAGGCUGCGUUUGACAUCGAAGCCAAAGGUUUGGUGGACGAGUUGGUGGAAAAUCUUCGCGUGUCCUUCAAGGAAAUGGUGAACGAGGCGGACUGGAUUGAGCCGGUCACGAAAGUCGAGGCGAUUGCAAAAGCAGACGCCAUUCGAAGUUUUAUGGCGUUUCCUGAAUGGAUCUCGAACAGGACGGCGAUCGAGCUGUACUAUGCAGGCUUGGCAAUUUCUCCGACUGGACCACAUUUUCAGACAGUCCUGACCCUUGCUGCCUAUUCAGGAGACAAAACGUUGGCAAAUCUCAGAGUACCGACGACACAAGACGAGUGGUUAACAUACCCUGGAGUCGUGAACGCCUUCUACUCACCGCAACACAACUCGAUCACUUUCCCGGCCGGCAUUUUGCAGCCCCCAUUUUUUGGGAAGACGCGACCAGCCUCGCAAAAUUAUGGAGGGAUUGGAGUCGUGAUUGGACAUGAGAUCACGCACGGGUUUGACAACCAGGGCUCCCAAUUUGAUAAAGACGGCAACGCGGAGAACUGGUGGGAUGACAUCACGAAGGAGAAGUACGACUUGAAGACGCAGUGCGUCGUGGACCAGUAUUCCGCCUUUUACCUCCCAUCCGUCGACAUGUACGUGAACGGAGAGUUGACACAGGGCGAGAAUAUUGCUGACACUUCCGGAUUGCGAGAGGCGUACAAAGCGUAUCGACACUACGUCGACGACUUGGGACGAGAGGAGGGAAGGCUUCCAGGACUCGAAUUUCUCACCCCUAACCAGCUCUUUUUCCUAGGAUAUGCAAAUAUCUGGUGUGAAUCGAUAACCGACGAGGGUCUCAUCAACCAAAUCUUGACGGACCCUCACAGCCCUGCCCGUUACCGCGUCAUCGGGCCAGUUAGAAACAAUUUUGACUUUGCGGAGGCUUAUGCGUGUCCAGUCUCCGACGAUGGCAUGAAUCCACCAGAGUCAGCUAAAUGCACAGUUUGGUGAUUUGUUGACGUUACACAACCAGAGUUACUUCAUACGUUUGUAAAAUGAAUAUUUUUUUCUGACAAAUGGGAUUAGUUUUUACUCAUUUCAAAAUUUUAUUGAAUUUGAUUGAUCAUUUACUGAUCAUGAGAUAAUUCUUGUUUUAUGACUGUUCAUAAUCUUUCCUUUCUCUCAGCGUCUGUCAAAUUGUUCACAAAAAUCAAUAUGCACCUGUGACAAAUAAAACGGAUUGCUUAAAUUCUAAUUCUGUGACGGAGGAUUAAAUAUGUUGACACGUUUGUGCAAUUUCGAUAAUAAAUAUUUAUUAAUGAUUAA